AUGAAACUAACCAUAUCGUCAAUGGCGUCUACUGUAACACCAACACCAUCUGAUCUCUUUGAUAAAGAUUUGAAUCUCACAACAACAGAGUGGCCAAAGAAAAAAGUUGGCGGAUUGAAUCCUUUUCUCGACGAAUCUUCUGAUGUCUUCUUCCUGGUAUCUGUUGUUGCACCACUUCUAUUCUGCUGCUUUGCAAUAUUUGUCUGCGCUUUGAAUAGCAUCUGGAAGACCCGAAGCAAGCUAGAAGCUCUAACUCAAGUUGCUAAACAACGGGAGCCAACGGAAUACACAGAGUUCACUAUCGACCUGACAACCAAAAUGGAUUCGUGUGUAGAGUUGUCAUCUCCACAAAUCAGUUCAAAAGAGGAAUCAGUUUUGCUGUGA